UCCGUUUCAGCAAGAGGAUUCAGCAUCCUGACGAAACCGCUGAAGAGUUUGUCCAGGCGGUCAAACUCCAGGCCGAGUUUUGCAAUUUUGGGGAGUUUCGCGAUAAUGCAAUUUUAGAUCGGGUUUUAGUGGGUUUAACUGACGAUGACUUAAAAGAGCAACUUUUGAAAGAGGAGAAAUUGACGAUUGCUAAAAUGGACAAAUAUAUUACUACAUGGAAUAUAGCUAAAUCAAAAGUACACGCAAUCAACGCACGAACACACACACCACCAGGGAACAUCAAUCAAAUUAGAAGGCCAGUUCGGGAGCGACUUGGCUUUAACCCAUACAAUAAUAGACAGAACUCGCAAUAUCGAAAUAAUUACAAUAGAACAAAUAACUACAAUAGACAGGAACAUUUUAACAAUCAGCAACGUGCACACAUUUCACCACGAGCUCACAAUUCUCAGCGUACUGUUCGAUUUCAACACAGCAACAGAAAUUUUAAUCGAAAUGCAAAUUACAACAACAAUAACAAUGGUUACAAUGGGGGAAACAAUAACUUCAGAUACAGGACGGACUAUUCCAGCAUGACGUGUGAUCACUGUGGUCAGUUGGGUCACAUCAAGCGGAAGUGCUUCAGGCUGAGGAACCAGAGAAGGGAAGCGGUAAACUUUGUUACUGAGGACAGAGCGGGACCUUCAGGUAGACCGUCAGCUGGACCUUCAGGUGGAUCGUCUGCUGAGACUGGUGCGGAGAGACAGCUGUCUAGCAUGAUGGGGCGGCUGAGCACUGGUGGCAAUGUUGAUCUCGACACAUCUGAUACUGACUGUGAGGAGUGGAAUGCAGGUGUUGGCUGGAAGCGGGGAAAUCCUCGCUCAUAGAGAUCAGCUGCGACCAUACCGGGCUCGUGAGGAAGCGAGGACAAAUAUCCUAAUUCCGACGGCAUCCGGUGCAAACAUGAACCUGGAGCAACCAGCGACGCUGAGAGCGUCCGGAAGCGCAGACGAGGAUGGAGAUUUCCGUGGAUACUCGAACGCCGAGCUGGCUAGGGCCAGAAAAAGAAAAGUCGAUGCGGCUCAAUUGCCGGAAGUGUGCUUGAGACGGUCAAAACGUUUGCGUAAACCUAAACAGGAUUUCGAAUUUAAAUAUGUUUAAUUUUGUUAUUUUUUUAUGUCGUUGAAUUGCGAUUUCGGAUUUAUAUAGAGAAAUGUAUUUUGAUCAGAAUUAAAAUGAAUUGAUUUUGUUAGCAUUAGAAGUGAAUUCUUUUACUUUGGAAACAGUGAAUUGUAAAAUAUUUUUAGUUUAAUCUUAGACUAUAGAAACAACUUCCGAAAGGGGAAGGAGUUGUUGCAUACGGGCCUUGGGCCAAACAACUGUACUAAAAAUGUAACACUAAUAAACUCACAAAGAAAAUGAAUAAAACGACAUCGCGACGGUUGUCGCGCUCUCUUUCGCUGUUCACCAGUGCAACA